AUGUCUCUUACCUAUGGCGCAAGCGGUGCUACCGCUGCCCUAGGCGUAGUCGGCUUGUACAUGCUCUUCCAGGGCGAGGGAGAAGCCUUCAACGUCGGACAGUUCAUCGAAAGCAUAUCUCCGUACACAUGGGCGAGUUUGGGCAUCGGUCUUUGCAUAGGUCUCUCCGUUGUAGGGUCGGCUUGGGGUAUCUUUACGACCGGAGUGUCGAUCGUCGGAGGAGGUGUCAAGGCCCCGCGGAUACGAACCAAGAACCUGAUCUCCAUCAUUUUCUGCGAAGUCGUGGCCAUUUACGGUGUCAUCAUGGCCAUCAUCUUCUCCUCGAAACUCCAAGGCGUCAACGACUAUGAAGGGUUGAUGAGCCCCCGGAAUUACUACACCGGAUUCGCACUGUUCUGGGCCGGCUUAACUGUGGGCAUGUGCAAUCUGAUCUGCGGUGUAUCAGUUGGAAUCAACGGAAGCAGCGCUGCGUUGGCGGAUGCCGCAGAUCCCUCUCUGUUCGUCAAGAUCUUGGUCAUUGAGAUCUUUAGCUCUAUCCUCGGCCUUUUCGGCUUGAUCAUCGGCCUUCUGGUACAGGCAAACGCGCCCGAAUUCGAAUGA